GAACAUUUACUGCAGAGCUGUUUCGCCGAAACUCGGACUCUUUUUUUUUUUAUUGAUGAAUGAUUGUGUAACGAGUUUUAUAAAUCUUUUACAAUAAAAUUAGUGAAGUCUUGAUUUCGAUGAUGUGGAUCACUUUGAAAACUUUGCAGCAACAAACAUUCAAGGUCGAAAUAGACCCCGAUAAGUCGGUUUUAGAGCUAAAACAAAAGAUUGCAUUAGAAAAAGGAGAGGAGUAUGCAGUCAUUUCACAGAAACUUAUCUACUCUGGUAAAAUUUUAGAUGACGGCCAGAAAAUAAGUUCCUAUAAAAUUGAUGAAAGGAAUUUCAUUGUCAUCAUGAUAGUCCCUCCAAAGCCUCAGCCAACCCCUGAGACAGCAUCCACAUCACAGGAAGCAUCAACUGCUACUGUCCUUCACAAAGAACCGGCUUUUCCUCCCACUCCUCAAGCACCUCCACCUUCUGUUAAACAAACUUCAACCACAGCCAUUGUCACCACUUCUGUUGUCACUGUUCCUUCUACUUCUCAGCCUAUUGCGGCUGCUGCAGAAAGCAUCCUCGUAACCGGGGAGUCAUUUGAGAAAACAGUGCAGGAAAUCAUGUCAAUGGGAUUUCCAAGAGAACAGGUAUUGAGAGCUAUGAGAGCCAGUUUCAAUAAUCCAGACCGAGCAGUUGAAUAUCUUCUUAGUGGUUCAGUCCCUGAAGAAUCCUCAGCGGAACAAUCGAGUGAGCAAGCAUCAACCCCAUUAGUACAUCCAUCAUUGGAAAAUACAACAUUAGAACAAUCUUCUGCAGAUGAUCCUUUGGCCUUCUUGCGUACACAGCCACAGUUCAUGCAAAUGCGACAACUCAUUCAGUCAAAUCCAGCUGUAUUAUCCUCAAUUCUCACUCAAAUCAGGCAAUCCAAUCCUCGAUUAUUUCAAGUUAUCACAGACAAUCAGAGUCGUUUUGUUCAGAUGCUCAAUGAACCACUUGAUCCAGCUACUUCAGGUUCCAUUGUUCCUCCUCUUGACUCAAAUCUCUCUGCUAGUGCAUUGGAAUCUGGCUAUAUACAAGUCAGUCCAGAAGAAAAGCAAGCUGUUGAAAGGCUAAAAGCAUUAGGGUUUCCAGAGGUUUUGUGUCUUCAAGCCUACUUUGCAUGUGAGAAAAAUGAAGAUUUGGCAGCAAAUUUUCUUCUUUCUCAAAAUUAUGAUGAUGAUAUGGGUCAGCAAAGAUAAAUGCAUAUCUGUGUUGUCUAGGUGUGCAUUAUGCCAUGGAUGAUAAUGCAGAAAGAGAUGACAGCUGAUAAGUUGAAUACGAAAAUUGACUUUCAAUUCUUUUUUCGCUGUAAAAUAAUUGAUUUACCGACUUUACAACCUUCUUCGUAAUCCGGGAAAUUUGCUUUCAAUUAAACAUCAAGCUUAUCUUGUAACAACUACUUGUAUUUAAUUUGUUCGGUUGUUUUUCCAUAUAAUAUUUAAGUAAAAGUU